CACAGCAGGCUAUUGUAUCGCCCUACAGGGAAUUACAGGGAUAUUAAAAUGCCCAAACUCUUAUUUUCAAGGAUUCGACUUUACGAAUUUAAGGAUUUAAUGCCCAACAUGAAGCGGCCACGAAGGAUUGACAUUGUACUGAACUGCAGGAGGCGUAAGAAGGAUAUCCAGUGUGUCAGUGUACAGAAAUGUAAUGAUGAGAUGUACUCUUCAAAGCUAAGUUGUCAGACUGACCAUAAACUUCACCUGGAAAAACUGCUAAAGGACAAAAAGUAUUUAGCAGCAUUCCACUCUUUUCUGCAGUCUGAGUUCAGUGAGGAAAACAUUGAGUUCUGGCUCGCAUGUGAAGAGUUCAGGUUGACUACCUCACCAGAAGACCUUCAAUGGAGAGCAGAGGAGCUCUACCGGGAGUUCAUCCAGCCUACAGCCUGCAGAGAGAUCAAUGUAGACCAGCAUGUUAGAGAGAAGAUCAAGCAGGCGCUUGAGAAACCGAGCCUUUCCUGCUUUGACGAGGCCCAGAAACAUGUUUACCUGCUGAUGGAAAGAGACUCUUGCCCCAGAUUCCUGCACUCAGAUGCCUACCUGAGUCUAAAGCGCAAAUCCAGGACUCUGUGGUACCUUUAAAGAGAGCUACCAUCCCUGUUUUCUAUUCAGCUGCUCCGAAACUUUAUUUCACACUGGAUCAACUAAUUUACUGUUUCACUCUGAACCCAAACAUAAAAAAAUAAUUUUUUAACAGUGUGCAAUAUCAUUUUUUCUUUUUGUACUGAUAAAAUGCCGUGGACUAUAGUACAGCAAGGCAAACACAAUGACAGAAAAGUAAUGUGAGUGUGGAGAUAUGUACGUAUAAAGAAUGUUGGUAUGUGUUAGUACUUUAGAGGACUUUGCAGAGUUCAAGGUUCUUUGAAAUACUGUAUGUGUUAACUGAAAGUCUAGGUAAGUUAAGCUUGUUUCUGAUGUGAAAUGUUAGGACUUCUUGCCCAAAUUUGGCUAAUUCAGUCAGUAACUGUAGUCAUUCAUCUAUAAGUAUUCUUUUUAUUCCAAUAUAGUCAGAAUUAUAUUUAUCUGACUGACUAACUGAGACAUGAGGAAGGGCAUGAGUCAAAAUAAAGGAUAACAGUUUCCACAGCUUACCCAGCAAAGGGAUUCUGUUUUCAGUCACAUGUCUGCUAUAUCCUUUAAUUAGGUGUGGGCCUGACUCUGUACACCAACAUCAGGGUUUACUAAACUGGAAAAAAGUAACCCCCCACUCUAACCCUCGAUCCCGCUCUGUUCUGUAAA